GAAAAAGGAAUCCCAAAAUACGUUUGUUUUAUGCAUUUCCGGGUCAAACAAUCAUGGCGGACGUGAAGUCUUUGGAACAUCCAACAUUGAAGGUUCCAUAUGAGGUACUGAACAAAAAGUUUCGAACAGCACAAAAAAAUAUUGAUCGUGAAGUGUCUCACAUACAAGGCGCUGGUAACGAACUUGAGAAAUGUCUGCAGGAAAGUAGUGUCUCUGUGGGUGAUGUCUCAAGAGUCCUUGACAACAUGGUGGAAAAGUUAACAUUCCUCAAGAGGAAGGCCGAUGAAAGUAUCCAGGAUGAACUAGAGGCUGCCCGGGUCAUCAAACGCCGGGUAGAGCACCUGAAGGAGGCUGAGAAUCUCCCCGAGGAGGCGCGUCCGCUGUGGCAGAAGAAGCGUCUGGAUCGCAUGCUAGUGGAGUUCUUCCUACGGGCCGGGUACUAUAACACAGCUCUCAAGUUGGCCCGGCAUUCUGAAAUAGAGGAUUUGACAAACAUAGAGCUCUUCCUCACCUCAAAGGAAGUGGAGGAAUCGCUGAUGAGACACGAGACUGGGCCCUGUCUAGCUUGGUGCUACGACAACAAGUCCAAACUACGAAAGAUGAAGAGUACCCUAGAGUUCAAAGUUCGCAGACAGGAGUUCAUUGAGUUGGUCCGCAGUGAUAAGCGACUGGAGGCUGUCAAACAUGCCAGGAAAUACCUGAGUGGUGUCGAGGACGACCAGAUCCCAGCUGUGCAGAAGGUCAUGGCGCUCCUGGCUUUCCCCAGUGAUACACAGAUAGCUCCUUAUAAGGAGCUGUUGGAUGUGAGUCGUUGGCAGGAGCUUGUCCAGCAGUUCCGGGAGGAGAACUUUAAGUUGCACCAGCUCAACUGUACGUCUGUCUUCACCGCGGCCAUCCAGGCGGGGCUGUCUUCACUCAAAACGCCUCACUGUUACAAGUCUACGUCAGAGAACAAGAACCCGAACUGCCCCGUGUGUUCCAAGCACCUGAACGAGCUCGCAAGACCGCUGCCGUAUGCUCACUGUGCCAACUCCAAACUUAUCUGCACAAUCACAGGUGGCUCUCUCAACGAGAACAACCCACCAAUGAUGCUCCCAAAUGGACAUGUGUACGGUUACAAUUCCCUUGCGACAAUGGCUUCUAAUAACGACGGUCGAGUUGUCUGCCCACGAACAAGAGAAAUCUACAAGCUAGAUGAUAUCGACAAGGUGUUUGUCAUGUGAUGAGUGUCCCAUGACAGAGAAAAAGGCACUGCAUGAAAGACGACCAUGUGAUGUAGAUAGAUAAAUAGUGUUACAGAAUGUAAGAAAGAGGCUGGUUCUGACUGAUUUUAGCUUGCCAUCACACAUAGAACCAAGUAGAAUGGUGUAGAUACUCCAUGUGAGAUGACGACUGAUUAUGUACGUGUAAAGCUGCAUCUUUUCUGUGAAAACACUCCAAUCUUAAAGCUGAGCGCUGAUUGGUCAGUGAAUCUUCACUCUGAUCGUGAGUUACAUGUCAAGUGACAUCAACUGUUCAAUGUUGUCUUUGGUUAACAAUUGCUUAUGAAUGCCGGGAUGUAUGGCUUAAUUCAUUUAGAAUUGCAGUCUUGAUAAAUGUUUACAUAUUUGUGAAUUUUUUCCAGAUAUUGUUCCCAAUUUUAUUAAAAUCAGAUAGUUUACUCUUAACUGAUACCUUUUUGUUGAAAGAUCUCCAAAUGUCUCCAUCACAGGUCACAUCACACUAACCGAGAGAGAUUGAUGACGGCUUCAUUUCCGUGAAGUAAGCAUGCAUUCUUGAGCCAAAGGGGCAGUGGGGUAGCCUAAUGGUCAAGGCAUUCGCUCAUCAUGCUGAAGACCCGGUUCGAUUCCCCACAUGGGUACAAUUUGUGAAGCCCAUUUCUGGUGUCCCCCGUCGUGAUAUUGCCGGAAUAUUGCUAAAAGUGGCGUAAAACUAUACUCAGUCAGUCAGUCUUGAGCCAAAUGAAUCUAAAAUGAUUCAGAUGUAUUUGGUUGCAUCAUAUUUUUCAAUUUAAAUUUUAACAAAAGAGAACACGCAGAGAACAAACAAUCCUUGUAUGUACUGAGAGAAAGAAAACGGCUGCAUAUGACAAUAUAACCUUGAUAGUACACCCGGUAUGGGUGGGUGUUUUUGUUUACAUUCAGAAGUGCCCCAUUCAUUUUGGGUCUGGAUACCAGGUCACUUGGAAAUGACCAGUGUAGAAAAUAUAUGUCUCAGUGUAACAGUGCAGCCUUUAUGAUUAACAGUGAGAACUUGUUGAUAGUGUAUUGAGAUGCAGAAAUACGAAUUCUUCAGUCAUUGGACCAAGAAUGUUGCAACCUCAGCGCUUUUUGGACAAUGCAUGAUGUUUCUUGUGAGAUGUCCUUGGAUCUUCAUACAGAAAGAUAUUGUACUGAAGAUCUGAUUUUAAUUGGAUUGAUGCACUGUGCGAAAUAGCCACUGGCCCGCUAGCCCGUGGCUAGCAAAAUCCAGUCGGGCCAGUAAAUCUCCAUAGUCACUGGCCCGACUGGCUAGUGAAUUUUCAUGGGGUCACUUUGUAAAUCACUCUCUCUGACUUGCUAACUUAUAAUACACUUUUAAAUCAUGCAAGAUUAUGACCGACUGGCUAGCAAGAUUUACAAACUAUUUCGCACACUGGAUUGAUGUUGUUCUGGUAAACAUAGCAACCUUACUUGUCUUAACCAUCUAAGGGUGAGACCAGUUGCGGAAUCACUGAAAGUUGUGGUCAAUAAACUAGUAGGAUUUACAAGAAGUUCAUGC